CUACCAAAAUUCCGCCCCGGGUACUGUGCCACUACAGGGAGCAAACACGGCUGCGGCCAUGGCGGAGGGAACCCUAAAUCUUCGCGGCGCUCGAACUCUCGGCAUCCAUGGCGAACCCUUCUCUCUUCUUCGCCAUGCUUAGCCCAGCGCCGGAGAUGACGCCUCUCGCAUCGGCGUUGCCCCUCCUCCUCGUCGCCGCGCUAAUCGCCUUCGAGGAUUGGGUCUCCACGCCUUCAUGCUCGAUCUCCGGAGGCGGGGGUGGCGAUUUGGGCCACUCGGGUGAUUUGAAGGUGAUGAUGGUGGCAGAUCUCCUGUUGCGGGGCUCCGAUGCGUCGUACAUCGACCUCUUCUUCAGAUACCCCUUCACAUCCAAGUUCUUCAGCAAAUCCUUUCAGAUUCUAAAUCCGGAUAUGCUUGUAGUAUUGGGAGACAUAUCUGCGAAGGGAUUUGAACUCACUGAGAGUAAGUGGUUAACAAUACUGCAGCAGUUUCAAAAGAUGCUGGAACCUGCUGUAGAUCUUCCUCUUCAUAUUGUGUUGGGCGAUAGAGAUGUUGGGGAAUGCAGCAACUUAGAUAGGAAGCUUGUUAGAGAGAUUGCAGACCAUAUGCCGGGACUUGAUUCAGGUGGUUGUAGCGCUUUCGAGAUCGGCAACAUUAGUUUUGUUUCACUAAAUGCAGUUGCAAUGCUUUGUGGCAGCAAUGACUUGCGCUUCAGUGUCGAGAAGGUCGUAGAGAGGGAAAGUGUUGAUCUACAAAGCCAGAUUAAUGUUGUGGCAGGAGAAGCUACUGCAUCACCUGAAAAGGAAGCUGUAUUCAGCAACUUCCCCUGGAGAGGGAAUAACAUAGAAUUGGGUUCUGGUCCUGUGGUCUUACUUCACUUUCCUCUUUAUAGUGCUAUUAAAAAUGAACGUGGAGAUGGCAAGGUUGCUGAGGGAAAUUGCUGGCAUAAUCAUUUGUGGAGUUUAAGUUCUGGAUAUAGUGAAGUCUUUGACCUGCCAACAUAUGAUCUGAAUCAUACUCUUCCAGCAAAUGCUACCGAAUAUAUCCUUCAGGCGCUUAAGCCUAGGAUAGUGUUUAGUGCUCAUGCCCACAGAUUCUAUGACCACAUCCAUAGUGAUGGGAUUCGGGAAGUGACAGUGCCAGCCAUGACAUGGGCUGCAAGGGGGAAGCCUGGUUUUGUUGUUGUUACAUUUGAACAGAGCAAGGCGCUUAGUGUGAGCCACUGCACUCUGGCUGCGGAGUGGCAUGUAAUGACGAGCUAUGUAUUUCUAUUUCUCCUGUCAAUAGCAGUAGCAAUUGCAAUUAAGUGGUCGAAAUUGUAAGUAUUAUUUGGUGUAAAGUCAGUAAUAUAUUUUGUUUAGUGGUGGAGAUCAGAUAUAUUUAGAUAUCAAGUAUUAUUCCUCUACACUUCAUUUUUUUUCC